CAAUAAUUGGUCAUUCUGUCUGCAACUUUCUCCUAACCAAGUUUGUUAUGUCUGCAAAUAAGAGAGAAAGACAUAUUGCUUCUUUUUUAUGUAUGGUAUUUUCCAGAAUUUUAUAAUAAAAGACCUUGACGUCGAAAAUCAAUUUAUGGCAAUGAUUGGCUAAUUCCUAUAUUUCAACCUAGAUGUUAGACAUUGAUUGGUUAACAGAUACACGUUGUCUUUUUACUCUCAGAAGCUCAAUUUAUCUGAAUUAAUUCCGCUGAUUAGGCUUACUAUACUGAGAUUAACCAUUCCACUAUGAGCUCCAUUUUGUGCCCUGUUGCUACCAAGGGAACUGAACACAAGAAUCGCAGCAAAAUCUCAAUAAUUGGAUCAGGAUCUGUUGGGACAUCUACUGCCUUUUCGUUGCUACAAAUAGCUGGUGAAAUCGCUCUUAUUGAUAGCGAUGAGAAAAAGGUAGAGGGUGAAGUUCUAGAUCUUCAACAAGGUCAGCAGUUCACAAGAUAUUGCAAGAUUAUCGGAGGUUCAAAUUUUCAGUUAACUACACAUUCAGAUAUUGUUGUUGUCACAGUUACUGCAGAUAAAAAUGAAGAUUCUAAACUGACUGCUAUUCAAAAAAAUGUCGACCUUUUUAAAAAAAUUAUUCCCGAGAUUGUUCACCAUAGUCCUGACUGUAUUUUAUUCAUUGUAACAGAUCCAACUGACAUAAUGACUCAUGUUGCUGCCAAACUGAGUGGUUUCCCAAAACACCGAGUGCUUGGGCUUGGAACAGCUUUGGACUCAGCGGUUUUUCGUUUUCUUUUGGGAGAAAAAUUCGAUGUAUGUGCUUCAGAAGUUGAUGGCUACAUAAUUGGAGAAAAUGGUGAAAACAGUAUACCUUUAUGGAGAAAUGUGGAUGUUACUGGUGUCAGACUAGCUGCGAAGAAUCCAAAAAUUGGGGAUUCUGGCGAUCCUGAAGAUUACAAAUCUGUAUAUGAGACUGUAAUUCAAAGCAAAAAAGAACUUGUUCGUUUGAAGGGUAAUAAUUCCUGGUCUGUCGGUCUUGCUUGUGCUUCUGUUUGUGAUGCUAUCAUAAACAAUCUAUUUGCCAUUUACCCUGUUUCAGUUUAUAUGAAAGGUGUCAAUGGCGUUCAAGAAGAUGCUUUUCUAAGUUUUCCAUCCUUGAUAAAUUCCAAGGGGGUUAGCCAUGUAAUACCACAACUACUAACCACUGAUGAAGACAAAAUACUAAAACAGUGUGUAAGAGAGCAAGUAAAUCUCAUGAAACAAUUAAAUUUAUAGAUCUAUUGCAAAAAACUUUGUAAGUUUGAAUUGAAUAAAAUUGUUUCAGAUU